AAGGUCAAAAACCAGCAAUUAAGGAGAAGACAGGAGGAGUAAUGGCAACAGGGAACAGGGAAAGCAGCUUGCAAAUAUUUUUAAUAAUAAUAAACGUUGCAGUCUUACUGGCAAAUUGCUCAGAUGCUAACUGCCCUGGUUGACCAGGCAAACUGAGAGCUCUUGAGCAGCAUAGCAUCACAGAAGAAUAGAGUUGGAGUGACCCUUGUACACCAGCCCCCUGUUCAAAGCAGGAAAUGCAGCUAGAGCAUCCCUAACAGAUGCCUGCCCUGCCCAGUGUCCUUUUGAAAGCCUCCAGCAAAAUGAAGCCCACCCACCUCCAGAUCGCCAAAGCGGAACUACUCUUUUCGGGAGAACGGGAGUAGGGGGAAUCGGUGCAGCAACACUCCUGAUCCGGGUCGCGUCGCCGCCUUCGCCACCGCAGCCUUAGGGAAAAGGAAAGGAAGGGAAAUGGCGACAGUAGCAGCAGCAACGGCGCCUGAAGAGCACCAGCAGCCACAGCCGGUUGUGGCCGGGGCUUCCAGCACGGCGGGCUUCUCCUCGCAAGGGCUAGCGGGGGGCUCCGGGCCCAACCCGCUGUCGCGUAAGCUCCGCAAAGUGCUGGAGACGCGGCUAGAAGCCGACAAGGAAAUGCUAGAAGCGCUCAAGGCUCUUUCAGCCUUUUUUGUGGAAAAUAGUUUGCGUACCAGAAGAAAUUUGCGUGGGGAUAUUGAGCAUCGCAGCUUAGCCAUCAAUGAAGAAUUUGUCUACAUUUUCAAGCAAGUGAAGGAGGAGCUUGAAAGCAUAAAUGAAGAUGUGCAGACUAUGAGUAACUGCUGCGAGGACAUGACCAAUCAUUUGAAGGCAGCCAAAGAGCAAACCCAGGAUUUAAUAGUAAAGACAACUAAACUUCAAGCAGAGAACCAGAGGUUAGAAUUGAAAGCACAAGUAGCAGAUGCUUUCAUAGCAGAAUUCCAGCUUUCUCCGGAGGAAAUAAAAGUCCUUCGAGGGACAAGAGAUGGGCCUAUUACAGAGAAUUUUUUCAAAGUAUUAGGAAGAGUAAAACAAAUUCACAAUCAUGUCAAGAUUCUUCUGCGCACAAACCAGCAGAGAUCAGGCCUUGAAAUUAUGGAACAGAUGGCUUUGCUCCAAGAGACUUCUUAUGAGCAGCUUUACCGAUGGGCUCAAGGUGAAUGCAGAGCUUUAACACAAGAAUCCUGUGACAUUUCUCCUGUGCUGUCUCAAGCAAUGGAAGCUCUACAAGACAGACCUGUUCUGUAUAAGUACACCCUUGAUGAGUUUGCAACUGCCAGAAGGAGUGCCGUGGUCCGGGGCUUUAUAGAUGCUCUGACUCGAGGAGGUCCUGGAGGAACUCCCCGGCCUAUUGAAAUGCAUUCCCAUGAUCCUUUGAGAUACGUGGGAGACAUGUUGGCAUGGCUGCAUCAAGCAACUGCAUCUGAAAAAGAGCAUCUGGAAGCCCUCUUGAAGCUCAUAACUACUGAAGGAGUGAAAGAAGAUAUGCAAGAAGUAGUUGGACACAUCACAGAAGGGGUUUGCCGACCUCUAAAGGUUAGAAUUGAACAGGUGAUAGUAUCUGAACCAGGAUCAGUUUUACUAUAUAAAAUUUCUAAUCUUCUCAAAUUCUACCACCACACCAUUAGUAAUAUUGUGGGAAACAGUGCAGCUAUGCUGUUAACUACAAUAGAAGAGAUGCAUCUGUUGAGCAAGAAGAUAUUCUUUAACAGUUUGAGCCUUCAUGCAAGUAAACUGAUGGAUAAGGUUGAAUUGCCACCUGCUGAUCUGGGCCCAAGCUCUGCACUGAAUCAAACACUUGUUCUGCUGCGUGAGGUUCUGACAUCCCACGACUCCUGUGUUAUCCCUUUGGAUACUCGUCAAGCUGAUUUUGUGCAGGUCCUGUCUUGUGUGCUGGAUCCCCUGCUGCAGAUGUGCACUGUGUCUGCCAGUAACUUGGGGUCUGCUGACAUGGCAACCUUCAUGGUGAAUUCACUUCAUAUGAUGAUGACAACAUUGGCUCUGUUUGAAUUCACAGAUAAACGGCUCGAAAUGUUACAGUAUCAGAUUGAAGCACAUUUGGAUACGCUGAUAAACGAACAGGCUUCCUACGUGUUAAAUAGAGUGGGCCUAAGUUAUAUGUACAAUAUUGUACAGCAACACAAACCAGAGCAGGGCCCCUUGGCAAAUGUACCCAGCAUGGAUUCUAUGUCAUUAAAAGCUGCAAUGGUCCAUUUUGAUCGUUAUUUGUCUGCUCCGGAUGGUCUGUUCAUGCCGCAGAUAAACUUUCUUCUAAGUGCAGCUGUCAAACAACAGAUAAUAAAAUUAUCCACAGAACUAGUCUGCAGAGCCUACAGUGAAGUAUAUUCAGCUGUGAUGAAUCCAGACAAUGAAUAUAAAGAUCCAGAAACUAUAUUGCACAGAUCUCCUCAUCAAGUUCAGGCUCUUCUCUCCUAAUAAUAUCACUCAAAACACUAUUUUGGUUUUUAUCAAAGUUUAAGAUCAGGGUAUAGCCGAGCAGCUGCAAGAUAAGCAGUGAUGAUUUUAUUUUUAUCUCAUUGGCAGUCUGCUCAUUACGGUACACUUAGGCUGCAGUUGUGCAGGCAGUUAGUCUGUUGGAAACCCCAUUCAUGUCUGUGAGAUUUGAGCAGCCUUUUUAUGUGCAGGAUUGUAGCCACACUGGUAGAUUUUUGGUAGAGAUGGGAGCAAUAUUUAGACUCAAACUAUUUUCACAUUAUAAAUUGAAGAAGCUUUAUGAUAACAAUCCAGGUUUGUGGGGGUGGGGUGAGAAUAACUGAUAGAUCUUUAUUUCUUAUUACAAUGAUUGAAUAAACACUGUAACCCAAGCAUUGUUUUGUUCUGAUGAUGUAGAGAGAACAAAAGUCCCACUAAUCUGUCCUUGAAAUUUAGGUAGAGGAGAGGUUAGCCUUGAGGAAGGUUUGUUUGUUCUGUUUAAAUGCCCAAUAUUUGGAUGCUUUGAUUAGUCACUUUCUGCCAUGGUUAUUCCUGGCCAAAUGCCCCCCCCACCCCCAUUUAAGUCUCAGAUAAUCUAAUUAAGUCAUUGACCAAAUGAUACUUUGGAGCUUGACUCUCCUAGCAAGAGACUAGAAGUUCAGUAAAUUAUGUGGAUUAGAUAUUUGUUGGGAAUUAGAGGGGCGGAGUUCCAGAGAACCUGGAGAAGCCUUCCAGUCAUGGGAAAAAAUCUGCCUUUGUCCCUUCAGAGUCAAAGUGGGUGGGUGGGGCUUCUGCACACAUCAGUGCAGGGCGAUCCUCGUGGGCACGCUCUCUGGAUGCCGGACUGAAGUACAGCAUCCCUCUCUUUUAAUGUCCAAAGAGGGCCUCAUGCCUAACUUCAAGAAACUUUUGAAUUUUUGGCAGGUUAGUUAAACUCAUUCUAUAUUUCACUGACCAUUUAUAGUGGUAAAUUACUGUUGACUUUUAGUUUAAAUUAUAUUUCUAGAUCAUAAGGAUGUUGAAGGAUGCACACAAUUUGUAAAGGGUAUUGUGAAUAUGUAAGGAUACAUAUUUUAGCCUCCUUUUCCACAACAGGAAAAAUGUAUAUAAAUAUACUUUAACUGUCUUAUGUUCUUUGACUUUUUUUGUAAUAUAUAAAAGAAAAAUAAAUUAUUCAAUAAAUACAUUUAAUCAAAUUUACAACUACAUGCAUACCGUAAGUCAAAUAUACAUGGUAUUUUUAUGCCGUUGCUAUUUUAAUUGGAUGUAUUUUAUCUUUCUGCUUUUUGUAAACUACCUUGUGGAAGAUUUUGUUGAAAGGCAGUCCAAAAAUAUAUAAUAAAUGCAAAAGUAUGUA